AUGACAACUGAGGACAAGGAAAUGAUGGAAGACCUGGGGGCGGGAGAAAGCUGCCCAAACUUCCCCAAGAUGUUGCCUGGUGAUCCUAAUUCUGAGGGGAAGUCAAAGGCGACUUUGCCCCCUGCAGCCCAAGAAGCAGAUGCCCCAAAGCCAGACAACUCCCAGGACUACCAAGAGGAGAUGGAGACUUGCGAGGACGGAGGCUGCCCAGGGCCAACCAAGCUGCUGCCCCUCAAGGCUGGCCCCACCACCAAGGGCCAGGCAGGCGAUGGGCCUCAACUCGCGGGGCCGUCCCCGGAUCCGGGAACCAGGCACAAUGCUGAGAUAGAGCUGGAGAAGGUGCGCAUGGAGUUCGAGCUCACGCGGCUCAAGUACCUGCACGAGGAGAACCAGAGGCAGCGGCAGCACGAAGAGGUGAUGGAGCAGCUACAGCAGCAGGCGGCACCCCGCCUGUUUUCAGGAGGGCUUCAGGAUCUCCUGCUCCCCCAGAACCAGUUUGCCAUGUUCCUGUACUGCUUCAUCUUUAUACACAUAAUCUAUGUCACCAAGGAGAUGGUCGUCUUUCUCUUCUCCAAGCACUACCUCUUCUGCAUUGCAGCCAUUUUGCUCUAUUUGAUUAAAACUUUGUGGCCAUACUUUCAAGUGCCUUUACUUUGUCCAUCACUGGGAAUUACCAUUCUAUGGCGUCAUUAG